UUGACAGUGACAAUAGUUUGCGGUGUUAUUUACAUCUCAAAGGUAUAGAACAAAAUAAAGCCAGUAAGUAUCCAUUGUGCGUUCAAAUAAAGAACAACAAUGAGAUGAAUGUGGUUGCAGAGGACAGUGAAAUGGAAAUAGAAAAUGAAGGUGUUUGUGUGAACAAUAGUAUUAAUAGCGGGGAAGGUAAGGAAACCUAUGUGAGGACAUUUGAGGAGUGUGCAGUUGUUCAUACACCACUACUAACACGGCUGGCUGAUGAAGAAAUGGUAGGGAUGGACACCACAUUACGACUUCAUGGCAUUUAUCCUAGUAAAGAACUUUUGAAAGAAACUUUGUAACUAUAUGCACUACACAACAAAUUCCAAUUCAGGACCAAGUCAUCAUAUCCUGAUGCUAUUCAUGUUGUGUGCUUUGCGAAAAAAUGCAAGUGGGCAGUACGUGGGGUCAGAUUAAAGGACAAUACUUGUUUUGAAGUGAGAAGGUUUGAUGAUGUUCAUACAUGCUCAAUUAAUGAAAGAUUGAGUGGGAAUAGACAAGCAACUGCCUCAGUUAUCGGGAAAUUAAUUAAACGCCAAUAUCUUGAUGCCUCAAGAAAGCC